GAAGAUAGUGCUACUGCACAUUUCACACUACGCCCACAUCCUGGACAUCCAUCCCUAAGCGGCAGAAGUCUGAUGAAGGCUAAUGUAUGGCCGAAACGUCAUGAAUUUUACACAGCCGCACAUGUCUAUUAAAAGAUUCUUUUUUGCAACGCUAUUUGCUGGAGUUUUUACAUUACUAUUGAAACGGGGUGGGAACCCGACUUCCAGCGGCAAACGGACGGCAGAGUGCCACGAAGUUUUGCUUAUACAUUUACUCUCCCUGACGGAGUGGUGCACCUGCAUAACCAUGGCAAGUGGCACACUAUCAUACCAACAGGAGGAGAUUUCUGAAAUCUUGUCCCAAGUACAACUUUCCGGGAAUUUUCUACAAACACCGCCUUCCGAAUUCAAGGCACGAGACCUAGAGCGAGAAUCUCGACGAUUGCUCAACUAUGAAUUACACAGCGUCACAAUAGCCGAAUACCUGAAGGUACAACGCAUCCCGCGUGGGUUACGCAUACGCACUAGACCAACAUUUUUCAAAGAAAAUCAGGAAUUCUGCGAAAAAUUUGAACAAAUACUAAAUAAGUGCUCCUUCGACUUGAUGACUCUUACUCUCUCAUAUUUGCAUAACGCCAUCAGUACAACUAAAACAGAAAUUCAUACAAUCGAAGAACAACUGCAAGACAUCAUAACACCAGAAGACUACAAUCAACUGAAAGAAAAAAUAACAACAUCCCUGGCACAGCAACGAAAAGAAGUGGAGACAACAAAAAGGAACAAAUUUUUCAGGGAUACUGAAGACUACAGACACAACCGAGUCUACAGAUGGUCAGAUACCACCAACAACCGGUUCAACUACACCAACAAACGGUCAUCAUCCAGGGAUUCAGCUCAGUCGGGCUCUAGUGGCGACACUAACUUCCAGUACAGACCAGACAACCGACAACGGCGAUCCCAGGGCAGAAGAGGCCAAAGUCAAAGCCAAAGAGGACAAACCAACACCACUACACGAGAAAAUUCCGGCAUCGUCACAAGAUCACAGAUGAAUUAGUCGCACUACCCUUCACUACGUUGGGUCAUCCAU